ACCCAAAUAAAAAACCUCUUACCCUAUGAAAGCAAAUCGCAGCUGAAUAACCAAAGGUCAACUCAUUUCGGCACCCAGUCUCCUCCAAAACCCUAAUCCUUCGUUAUCGAACAUUGAAGAUCCUUUUAGCUUCUGAAAAUGGCCGAUUCUCCUCUUCGAAGGAAUUCAAGAUCCCCUUCCCCAUGGAAAGCUCAGUCAAGAUCGAGAUCAAGGUCUAGAUCUAGGUCGAGGUCGAGGUCUAAGCCAAGACAAAGGCCAAUAUCCCAUUCAAGAAGUCGUGGCAGAUCAAGGUCAAGAAGUCCUGGAAGGACUGAAAUUUCAAAUCCUGGCAAUACUCUUUAUGUAACUGGUCUAUCUUCAAGGGUCACCGAGAGGGACCUAGAGGAUCAUUUCUCCAAGGAGGGAAAGGUUGCUUCAUGUUUUCUUGUGGUGGAGCCUCGUACUCGUGUUUCUCGUGGUUUUGCUUUUGUUACAAUGGAUUGUGUUGAGGAUGCGGACCGUUGCAUCAAGUAUCUCAAUCAAUCAGUUUUAGAGGGUCGUUACAUCACUGUUGAGCGGUCACGAAGAAAACGCGCAAGAACUCCAACACCAGGACACUAUCUUGGGCUGAAAAAUACUAGAGACUAUGGCUAUCGUGGUGGUGACCGAGGAAGGUAUCAUGGUGGUUCAGGUCGUGACGAUCGUAGGUCUCCAAGACGUUCACCAUAUCGAGGAGGCCAAGAUUAUUCACCACGGCACUCACCUUAUGGUGGAAGAUCUAGGAGGGAUAGAUCUAGGUCGCUUCCAUAUUCUCCAUAUGGUAGUCCAGAGAGGAAGUAUGCUCGUGGACCUAGGUGAUAUUUUGUGUUAGCAUAUUUUCUAUCUGUGAACAGGGGAAGCAAAAUUCUAUUAUGGUACUGUUACUUUCGAUUUAUGCCUACAUGUGAUGUAUGCUUGUAUUGUAGAAGAUACUGUUCGUGUGUGACUAUCAGUUUGCCUUUCGGUGAAGUCACACAUUAAGUUGGAGUGGACAAAGGUGUUUUAAAGUUUCAAUUUGAAGCAUAUAAGCUUUUGUAAUACGGAAUGGAGCCUUUGCAACUCGAGUUUUUCGUGUCUGCAUUCUAUGCCCCAAAUGUUUGUGCAUCAUUUCAACAACUAUUUUCUU